CGUGUUUUACCUUGCUUUGUUACGAAUGCAAGUGUUUUGGUUGUUUGGGAUUUUCGAGUGCAAAGAAUUUUAGUAACAAUGGCAAAUUUAAGUCGCAAUAGUCGCGUUUCGGAUCAGAUAAUGGAAUAUUAUUUGCGCUACGGUCAAAAUAGAGACCUGGAAAAAUUUCUUCGGUUACGUUCCAGCACGACUCGCUCGUCUAGUGACGGUAGUUUACCCGGACUAGAUGAACUGGAUCGAAGAGAACAGGUUUCAGAGAAGAUAGGAAAAUCAAUGGAAAAUCUGUCUACAUUGAAGCAACGAUGCGAUCAACAGAAUUCUCAAAAAUCGGACAAUUCUUCCAAAAGCAAGGAGAAAGUAGGCCAAAGUUCAACCGUGCAGCAACAGAAACCUGCUGAAGAACCUUCGCCAGAAAAAACGCAGCAAGCUGCGGGAAUUGUAGUUAAAGAGACCAAAAGCGAAAUGAAAUCCGGCAAAAAGUUCAAUUUUAAUUUAGAGUCGGUUAUUGAAAUAAAAUUACCUCCGGCACCUGUUGUACAACAUCCGCUUUUAAUUUCGCCUCCACGAAAUGUUCUGGCAUCGGAAGUGGGAACAAAUAUUCAGGAAUUCAGUUGCUCUGGCACGCAGACAAUGGCCGAGGCUCGAUCUGUGGAACAACAAACUGAGGAACCUAUUCGGCCGAUAUUGAAAACUACCAGCGCACCAGCAGCGUUAGUUUCCAACCCAGAGGAAAUGAUGGAUAAUACUCGGGAUAUUUCCCCUGUUAGUAGCAUUGCGUCGAACAAGCAAAAACUUGAAUGGGACUCGCUCGGGGAUAUAGGAUACGAUUCUAAAGAAAAAUUUUACUUUUGCGGUGCUUCCGAAUUGAAUGAAACGAUGAAGCGUUGCCUCCAACAAUAUCUUGUGAAACGAGGUCUUAACUUUGACGAAAAAGUCGUUGUAGUUCAAAACAUCCAGAAAGGAGCUAAAAACACGGAAAGCUGUGAAAAACAGAAAAGUGAUGCCCGACAAAAGUGGCAAGCAGUCUAUGAAAAGUAUAAAGAUAAGUACCACCAUCCUUCGGAAGUCUCACUGAAUUUGACGAAACCUGAGGCCCAAAGCACUCCGAAGGUUGUUUCCUCCCAAUAUGUGCUCUCAAAACCGGGAGUGUCUACCCAGACUAGUCUUAUCAAAGCUCAAACAAAAGCAAUACAAGCUGAGCAGGUUAUCACCGCAGACAAACAGAUUGGUACGGAAUCUCUCCGAGGGACCGAUUCAUCGGUUACAAAUAUUACCCCCACUCUGUUGGAAACCGACUCCAACGACCAACAGCAAGGUGAGAUUGCGGAAAGCUUUGAGUUCUACUCGUCACCCCCAUCGAAAGAAGUUCAUCAAUCUUCAACCGGAUCUACUCUGAAAACUUCACCGGAAGUAACCAGCAUUUCAACUUCCUCGUCGCAGUCCUCUGCUGCUGCUAGCGUAAACAAAAAGGCUAAGCACAACUUCGACGAAGAACUGCGUCUCGGCAUGACACUAUACAACACGAUUUGCGAAUCACGAAGUCUACCCGCCCAUGUGAAGCAAAGUUUGAUCGAUAAAAUUUUUCGGAGAAUUAUGAGAAACGAUCCGAAAGGACGUACUAAAGAGGAGCUGCUGAAGGACGGAGGGAAAUUUAAACGGCCUACCCGAGCAGUGGCUACCGUAGAUGGUUUGAGUGGUGUGGAGUCCAUGGGUAGCAGUAAAGGUUCAGCAAAGGUAUCGCAUGGCGGGCAGACCGCAGUGCAAAAGUGGCCUUCAGUAGAACAGGAAAUCGUUCAUGAAAGGGAUAAGGAAGACGUGAUUGUGCACGACUUGGAGGAACCAAGCAGCAAUAGUAAUGAAGCGGGAAACUCUAUUACCUCUAAAGGAACAUUGCAAAAUUAUUCCUCUACAUCGGAAACAACGCAGACGUCGUCAUCAAAACAGGGAUCAAACGGAACUGCUAAGCAAAAAUUGUCUUCGAAAAAACCAGAUUCGAUCAUCAAAUCGUCACGUUUCAGCUUGGAAACCGAUGCAGAUCGUCGGAUAAGAAAAGCAAUGACAGAGUACUUACAACCAAUGACUCACUCAGAAGUAGACUACGAGAACCAACGAGAGUUAAGACGAAGCUUGGAAAAAGUGAAUAAGACUAAAAUUGUGGAUCGAAGUACGGCAAGUGCUCCUACUACAAUCGCCAGCUCAGGCUUGCAGACCGGCCGAAUAAUUGAACUGUUCCGGCAAGAGAAGCAAUCACAACUUCUUAAAAUCGAUAAGAAAAUUGAACAUCUUAAAUCAAUCAAAAUGUUAUUACUUGAGGAUCAAAAACUAGUUAACAAUAUUCAGGAUGGUACCCAGUCAACUUAUCCGGCAGAGAAAAGACUUGUGAAAGCAGAUAGUUUCCCUUCAAACGAAAAAGAGAAUUUCUAUGCUAAUACAGUCCAACGUACAAAAAGCGCUGCAAGUGUUCCGGUGUAUACCUCGGUUCACGGAGAUACUCCAAGCAAUCUUUCUAGAAGUGAAAUAGAAUAUAUUCCUGUUUCAAGUUCGGAAUCAGGCUGGAAUUCGCAUUAUCAAAUGCAGAAAAUGCUACAAAAUCGGUCGAAACUCGAAACACCGACAUCCGACGAUAGCAUUGCCACUUUUAUCAAAAAUCGAAAGCAGAAGUUCAUCGAGAACUACGAACGUCACAGGAAACAAAUGUUCGAAGAUCAACAUCACAUAUAUACGAAGCCCUACAGUGGUCGUCAGAGUAAGCAGGAGAACCAUUCUCGCUUAGACGAAAAGCAUAGCAUUCGAAAAAUUGCCAAACCAUCGAUUGCCAAACCAAAUUUCCCAAGCAGCGAUAUGUUCAUUUCUUCCGAUUCUAUGUCCAUACCGGCAGCCAACACUUUAACCAACACAACCACACACCAGUAUGACAUCAAGUCUUCUCGGUUCAGUUCCGACAACUUGCUGGGAACUAUUUUGAAACCGGUAGCCACUCAAACGACCGGGUCGAUCCUGCGUACAAAACCUAUUUUUGAAACGAAGUCUGGGCAGCGAACUGCAACAACAUCGGUUCAGGUUCCUUCAACAAACGUUUGUGGUUGUCAGUGUGCCAGUGAAUGUCCUUGUCGACAUGUAUCUCAGGACGUCAUUUCACAACCAUCGAAGCAUACCGUAAUCGUCGACGAAAGACGCCAAAAGCAAGAUAAACAACAGCAAACUAAGCCAAGUUCCAUAGCUUAUGUGCUUACGUUCCAGGGUGACCGACACGAAAAGAGCAAAGCUUCCAAUCGCCGGCCAUCUGAAAAAGCACAGGUCUACAAUGGCAAGUCAGCUACCGAUACCGAUGGCUCAUCUCGCGACUCAACGCAAGAGCGCUCAAGAUCCGAGUCCAAAGAGUCCGCCGACAGCGAUCUACUCCCACUAAAUGAACAAUUACGUCGGAACCGUCCAGGUACUUUGUUGAGGCUAAAGGAACGCCAGAAGUGUGUCAACGAGCUGAACAAACUACGUGCUGAGCGGAACAAACAGCGAAAAAAAUUACUUUUGCUAACAUCGGACGAUUCCUUGAAAAGAACUGACGUUAGACCUCGGCUGCCGCCACCGCCACUCGCCCAGCGCCGAAUUUUCUCAUCAAAAGCCAUCAGAGAAAAUACACGUCGACAAGUAAGGAAUCUACCGGAGGUUUUACGUAAAAAAGAAAUCGAAAAGAUUAACAAUCUGAAGCGAAAGAAUCUCAUACUCAGAGAUAAAUUUAAUCGGAAUUUACAACGCAAAGUGCUUCAUGGCCAAACGGAUCUCUCCAACAGUGUUCGCGUUAUACAGGAAUAGGAAUAAAAAUGAAUUAUUUUCUACAUGCUAUGCCUUUGAUUAUUUGUAAGG